AUAAAUUCCUUAUAAACAAAACCAACUUUUCAUACUACCUCGCGGUAGACAAUCCACAUGGCUCACUUGUAAGUCAACAGCUGGAGCAGUCUUACUUUCAUUCAAGCCACUGACGGUUACUUUAGCAGUUUCUUACUCUCUAAUCAACUCAAUCACGACCUAGCCUGCGCCAACAUUUUAGAACAUCAUCAAGCCAAUAGAUUAUUGCCAUGUCAGCAUUGCACUAAAAUUGUCCACAUGGACGACAUAUAAAUUGUUAGAAAAACAGAAAACGUACACACUAGUAACACGGUAGUAACUUGGAAGCUUCAGAAGCACGCAUCUUUUUGCCUAUAUACAAACCCCUACUUAAACCCUUUUCACAUUUGGCUGCUCUGUUUUUCUAUACUCACUCAACUGAGUGAGAGUGAUCGACGAAAACGAUGUCGUUUCUGCCGCCAGGUUGCCGAUUCUACCCUUCCGAUGAACAAAUCUUGUGCUACUAUCUCAGAACCAAGAACCGCACAAACACCGGUGAUGAGAGGAGUAACGGCUAUGAUUUAAUCAAGGAGCUCGAUUUGUACGACUACGAGCCGUUUGAUUUGCCAGGAGAUGCUUGCUAUGCGUAUGGAUAUAAAGGGAGGAAAAGACACUGGUUUUGUUAUACAAAAAUUAGGGUUUUGAAGGAGAGAGGGAGAAUUAGGAAGGGUAAAGGAGGAUAUUGGAGGAUUAGCGGUAAGGUUAGAGAUACAGUGGACCCAGUUGGAAAGGCUGUCAUUGGUACUAGGUCUAAAUUCGUAUUUUAUUUGGGUGAUUCUGUUAAAAAUUCAACUAAAACUGAUUGGGUUUUAUAUGAAUAUGCCCUAAUGCAUCAUGCUAAGGCCUCUUAUGUCCUUUGUCGGAUAUUUGUCAAAUCUCGUGGUGGAAAUAAUGUUUCAGAGAAUGUAUUAAGUUGUUCUGCUGAAGAAAGUGGUUCUGCUGUGCGUCAUAUCGGAAUUCAGCACAAUGAACUUCUUACACCUGAUAUUGUUGAAGCUAAAGUGCAUCAUCAUCUUGUAAAUUUGGUUGAUAGUACUAAUGAUUUGUCUAGAUGUCCUGUCAAAUUCAGUACUAAAUUGGAUGAUCAUGUCACUAGAGGAUCCAAUUGUCAGUCUCCUUACGACAUCCAACUCAAAUUUGAUUCGAAUAAGCUGGUUAGGACAUCUGGACUUCCUGUUAGCGACACACUUAAAGACGCUGAAACUUCUCAACAAUUGGCAUCCAUUCUAGAGGGAGAUUUCAUAGAGCUGGAUGAUCUUCUGGAUUGAUUCUUCAAAGAGAUUACUUUAGGGAAACAUGUGCAGAUUAAGCCUAAUGGAUUAAAAUAUUGUUGAUUAAGACUAAUGGAUUAAAGUAUUGCUGAUUGAGCCUAAUGGAUUAAAGUAUUGCUUGAAACAAUUGAUUUAUGAAGAUUAGGAAGUUAUUUGAGUUAAAUACUCGUCUACAAGGAGUUAAAAAAUCAUAAAAGGAAUUUGAUAUUCUGGCUAGAAGAAGAGAUUUUUGUUUGAGGAAUCUGAUAUAUAACACUUAGGAAAUUAGCUGAAGAUAUUAAAGUCUUGUGGGACGAAGAAAAUUGGAAUGAAGAACUUAUUAUGUUAGUUGUUGACAUUGAAGGAUAUGUCGUACCAGAAGUGUUUCUUCAGUUGAGAUUCCCAUUUGCCCAUUAAUAGGCAUUUUUCCUUCCCGUGGAAUCUGAACAAGAUUGAUAUGUCGGAUGAUGGUAAAUUCAAAUUUGAAAACAAUUGUGUCUGAGUAGCAGCCAGCUACUUCACCUGGUUUCAUUAUCUUGCCGUUCCGCCAAUAAUGGUGGCGUCUUUUUAUAUAUAUAAUGGACAGAAACAUUGUUUCUCUGAGCUCUCUGGAACUCUCUUGACUUAGAGAAGUUAUUAUUAUUGAGCCUGGCAUUUAAUUAGCUUAUGAGUUAUCUUGUUGCAGCCUUAGAUAACAGUAUCAUGAAGAGUGUGCGCACCAAAUAAUUUCUUAUGCAAUUGCCAUGCUGAAUUACUCGGUUUUUGUUCU